ACUGUGACAAACAGCGGAAGUAAACAACACAGGAACUUCAUAUCUAUGGCGUCGACAGCAUAGUUCAGUAAAAAAAAAAGAAGGGAAAAAGUUGUGUAGUCGUAUAAAGGUAGAGACUAUCAUAAAGCAGCAAUGACAGCAGUCCAGCAUUUUAGAGAGUUUGUCAACCACCGACUAACUGCUGCUGCCGAGGAAAUAUUCAGCGUCUUUGAAAAAACUAUCGUCGAGUACGAAGAAGAGAUAAGCCGUCAACGCAGACUGCUAGAUGUCGUUUGGAAAACUCAAGUACUGUUAGACAGAACAGAGCUCCCACAGCAACAUGUCUCUAAAGAGAUAGCUCCCACGGCCCAGCAGCUGUGCAACACGGAGAGAAACUCCAGUCUGGACCAACAGAGCACAGAUCCACCACAGGUUAAAGAGGAGCAGGAGGACCUCUGCAGCAGUCAGCAUGGAGAGCAGCUUGUACUAAAGCAGGGGAUUGAUGUCUGCGUGGGAACUCGUACUCAUGAAGAAGAGCUCCCUCAGCUCUCACAGCAACAUGUCUGUAAGGAGGAAGAGGAGGAACUCUGCACCAUUCGGGAUGAAGAGAACCUUGGACUGAAGCAGGAGACUGAUACCUUUAUGCUGACUCUUACUCAUGUGGAAGGAAACUACGGUGAAAAUCAAACUCUCUGCUUGAAUCCCAAAGACUCUCAGAUGGCAGCAGAGAAAGAAUCUGUAAUCAGCAUGUCAGUUACAAAUACUGAGGUACCAGAAACGAACACUGACUGCCAGCCACUCUCUUACAACUCACAUUUAGCUGAGAGCCAAGAUCACAGAGGAAAGCGUGGAGGCUCAGUGUCAACAGAAAACGCAGAGACCAAACCACAGAAGAGACAUCACAAAAGCAAUGAAGUGCACAAUCCUGCCACGUCAAAGAAUUCCUGUAAUACUCCCACAGGACAAAAGUCUUUCAGAUGUGAAACUUGUGGCAAAGCAUUUCCAUUUAAGUGCAGAUUAAUCAUGCACCUGAGAAUCCACACAGGGCAGCAAUCAUUUUCUUGUAACUUCUGUGGUAAAAAAUUCAACGCAAAGCAAGCUCUAAAAGUUCAUGAAAAAUUCCAUGCAGGUGAGUCACCACGUUCUCGUAAAACGCAGGAAUAGUUUUUGAGAAAUAUCACUUUUGAAAAAGCAUGAGAAGACACAUGGCUGAGAAACGUCACCUUUGAUCAGAGACACAAAAUCCGUGCAAAUUAAAAACUUAAUAUUAAUUUGGUGAUUUCCCUGUUGACAGCUUACUUGGCAUUUAUCAUCUCAAACUGGCAAGUGUUCCUGUCUUUGCAAAAUACGUAAUACUUCUUCUGCAAAACACAUCUGUUGAAAAGAGUUUGCCAAUUGGUUUGUUGAACAACUCUCAGUUUUUCCUUUAUUUGACUAUCAUUAAGAAUGUGCUAAAUGACUGUAUUGCUAGUUUAAUGUAGCUUAUUGACUAUUAGCAGCUACUAAUUUUUGUUUGAAGCAAUAUUUCUUUAAAACUGUUAUUUCCCAUAUCUUGAACAAUUAUUUUUUACAUUUAAAUGACCAUCCUUUUUUUCUUCUUUUGUUACUGUUUUGUCUUACCUCAGGCAAAGUACAUUCUGUUAGCACUCAAUGAUGUGUCGAAAUGAAUGAAGGAAGUAAAGUGUUUUUUUUCUGA